UACGCGCAACAUCGCUGCUCCCCUCCUGCAAAGAUGGGUCUCCAAGCUUACAGUCAGAGACUCCAGCUGUCACUCAUCGAUAUCCGCGUUCAGCUAAUGUCAGACUGCAUGUGGAAAACGGCGAAGGCUCCGUUCCCGAUAAAUACGAGACAAGGACACCGCUGGAUGGAGGUGGACCUCCAGUGAUCAACAGAUCAGCAACUCCACUGUUCACUCCCCCUGUGAGGACAAGACGAGGGACCCGAAAGACAACGCUGGAGCCAAAUGGCACAUGUGAGCCGCUGACGUAUUUAUUAGCAAAUUCUCGAGCCGGUCAUAGUGAUAUGGACAAACUAGCGCUGAAGAUUUGGUUUUAAAAAGCCGAUACAGCUGUUAUCAGAGCUGGUGUGGGUUCGGUUCUUGUCAAGAUGACCAGACUAUUGUUUAGCAUCGCUGUAAUGGAAUGGGCCCGCAGGAAUUUUGGCACCGGUUUUACGCAACAGACCACAUAGUUGAAUCGACGUAGCUCGACCGAAGACAGAAUAGCGUGGCUGGCAUGGACAAAGACUGCUUACACAUCUCGUAGAGAUGCUCUGAGACAAAAUUGAAACACAAUAGUGAAACAUCCUGCUGGUUCCUCCCGAGAAGCGGAGCUGAUAAUCAACGGCGGGAUUCAAGUUUGGACCUCACCAAGUCCAAAACGACCUUUCCCUCCCAAAAAACGGAUCAUCUUAUAUCUUAAAGCAUCCUCACAGACUCGCAUAGCGCUUUUCAGCUCCUGCGGUAUUAAAGAUACGCUGCUGUAAAAGAAGUCAUCUGUAAUCCUACAUGUGCUGUAUGGCCCCUCUAAAGAAGGCUCAUCAAGAGUCUGUGAACAGGUGAGAGAGGGACACUGUCUGCCCCACUGUCCAGCGACACCAUGAGCUGGAGCUUCCUCACGCGGCUGCUGGAGGAGAUCCACAACCACUCCACCUUCGUGGGGAAGCUGUGGCUCACCGUGCUCAUCGUCUUCCGCAUUGUUCUUACUGCCGUUGGGGGAGAGUCCAUCUACUACGACGAACAGAGCAAGUUUGUCUGCAACUCAGGCCAGCCAGGCUGUGAGAAUGUCUGCUAUGAUGCCUUCGCCCCUCUGUCUCACGUCCGCUUUUGGGUCUUCCAGAUUAUCUUGGUGGCAAUGCCUUCUCUCAUGUACAUGGGCUAUGCUGUCAACAGAAUUGCACGAUUAGAUGAAGCCAAAGGAGGAGCUGGAUCUGCUGCUGUUAGGACAGGAGGAGGGGGCUACACGCACAGAAAACCUAGGAAAAUGUGCUUUGGAGCAAGACAGCACCGAGGCAUUGAGGAGACCGAGGAAGACCAGGAGGAUGAUCCCAUGAUCUAUGAGGUGCCAGAGAUCGAGCCCCCAAAAAGGCCACGGGACCCACUGCAGCCCACACCCAGACCCAAAAUCCGACAUGAUGGGCGUAAGCGAAUCCGAGAUGAAGGGCUAAUGCGGGUCUAUGUUUUGCAGCUGGUGACUCGUACGGUGUUGGAGGCUGGUUUCCUUACAGGCCAGUAUUUGCUGUAUGGUUUCCGUGUGACGCCCAUAUUUGUGUGCUCAGGGAAACCUUGUCCACACAGUGUUGACUGCUUUGUGUCGAGGCCUACAGAGAAGACCAUUUUCCUGCGCAUCAUGUAUGGUGUCACUGUCCUUUGCCUCACACUCAAUGUUUGGGAAAUGCUCCAUUUGGGCAUUGGUUCCAUUUGUGACAUUCUUCGCCGUCGCCGCUGCCCACCUCAGGAGGAUGAGUACCAGCUGGGCCUGUUGGGUACCAGCGGGGGUGUAGAGGGCGCAGUAGGGGCAGCAGGUCCUGAGGCAGGUUCUGAGGGAGGCGUAGGAGGAGAUGGUGCUGCUGAUUAUGUUGGCUACCCCUUCUCAUGGAACACCCCGUCAGCUCCACCUGGUUACAACAUUGUUGUGAAGCCAGAACAGAUGCCCUACACAGAUCUUAGUAACGCUAAGAUGGCAUGCAAACAGAACAGGGCUAACAUUGCCCAGGAGGAGCAGCAGCAGUUUGGCAGCAAUGAGGACAAUUUCCCCACCGGAGGAGAGGCCCGUGUAGCCCUGAACAAAGACAUGAUCCAGCAAGCUCAUGAGCAACUGGAGGCAGCUAUCCAGGCCUACAGUCAGCAGCACCGGGCAGAGGAGCAGCUUGGGGACAACCAGGAUGACAAGCCCCAAAGUAACAUUAUCCAGGCCCAACCUCAGCCACAACCCCAGCCUCAGAAAGAGCGCAAGCAUAGAUUUAAGCAUGGGAAAGGCGGGAGCAGUGGAGGUGGAAGCAGCAGCAACAGUAGCAGCAGCAAAUCAGGAGAGGGCAAGCCCUCUGUAUGGAUUUAACCCCAGAAACAGUGACCCAUAUUGAAAACAUGUAAAUAUUAGAGACUGGAUGAUGAGCUGUUGCAAUGUUUCUUGGAUAUUUAAACACCAUUAUGCCUUACAGAAUCCUGCAAGCUGGAGAAGAUGCGUGUUUGCGUAUAAUGGUGUGUAAAGGGAAAAAAAGAGAGAAAAAAACAUGUGAUAUUGCAGCUGACAAAUUGUUUUGUCUGGGUAAUCACUGUUUAACUUGAAACAUCACACCAACACAAACUAUGUUAGGCUACAGUCUGUCGUUUACAUGUGUCGUUCUUCUCAAGUCCCAAAGCAGAUUAUUGACCUCUGUUUUCUUCCCGUUCAUCCUUUCAGGAGAAUCCCAGGAUCAUAAUGUGUUCUCUUGCAAAAUUAGACUGAUUCCAAAUUUCGAUGAUCACAAUGUGAAUGCAAUAAAAUGAUGCAUGAUUCCAUGGUGCCGCCCAAAGGAUUGGCUUUAUAGUGCAGUGAGAAGAUCACCUUCCUGAAGGCUGUGUCCUGUCACUCAUGUUCCAUGUCUGCUUCAUUAAUAGUGUUAUAUUGCUGUGACUUUGCAUUUGACCGUGUGUUUGUAAAUGUUUGUUGUGUAUUUUUUGAUAACAGUAGUACACCAGCUGCUACAGAAACCUAUGAGUACAGCUGGUGGAUUUUUAUCCAGUCUACAUCUGAAAUUAUCUGUGAAAAAAUAAAUAAUAAGGUGCAGAAGCAAUCCAGAUUUUAUAGUUUAUUCUUAAAUAUCUCAUUUUCUCCUUAUGGCUUUUCAUGGCUCAGUACCAUCGUUCCUCUAUCUGCCUUGUGUUUGGCUGCCCCCUGGUGGUGUCUUCAACGGGGCUUGAUACUGAGGAGAAGAUACCAGUUGCCAAUGCUACCUGCAUCCAGCAACACCUUAACCAGCUGUAAUGUUCCUUUUCUAUUGACAAUACUUGUGUCACUUAUGUCUUCCCAGUGCUACAAGUCCAGUGUUAGAUGCACAAGGCUGCAAUAUUACAACAUUGUAAUGGAAAAGGUUUAAAGCCAUUACUAUAACACAGUGAGACCAAACACUGUUUGUGUGAUGCAAGUUGUCAGUGCCAAGAUUUUAUGCUAGGCUGCCACGAAGCCUGGUUGUUUGUAGCUUUGGAAUACUGUGGCCAUGCUACUCCACUUGUGGAAAUAUGCCUAUGUGAGACCAACCCUUUUGUAAAAGUCAUUUUUCUUUUUUUUUCCUUCUUUUUUUUGUACAACAGUAUGUCUUACAUUUUUUCAUAUGGGAUUUAAAAUGAUAAAACUUCAAAAUGGAGUCGAAUUUUAUGUUCCAGACAGUGUUUUAUAUGAAAACACUCUGUUUUUCAAUAAAGUUUUGUUUUGUUUUGUAAAAUAAAUAAACAAAAAACAAGAUCUUUUGAAAACGAAUUAGCUGUAUGAAUAUUUAUGUUUAUUGUGAUUUAAAUUGCCUUCUAAUUGUAAAAAUAAAUGUUAAAUAGGACAUAGUAUAUUUUUAUAAUAUGUUAACUACAGUGACUUAAAGAAGUAAAGAAAAAAAAGUCUUUUCCUUGUAUGUUGCCGUAUCAGUAUUUAAUGUAUGUAAAAAACCUCUGGGCUGUAUUUUAAUAAACAGUGUCACUCCUUUUUCAACACUGGUCUGAGAUCUGCUGAACACCGUUGUGGGUCAUUGAAUCCCUUGUCAAAAUAUUUUAAAGUGCCAAGUAAUUCAAAUAAUUCGAGCUCCACAGUAGCUUCCCUAACAAGCUGUAUGAAGGCAGGAGGAAAAACCAUUAAAAAAGAAAGUAAAUAAAGCUUAUUUAAUACAUUUCAUGUUAAAAGUCUACAAUUCUCUCAGUGAACAUUAAAUGAGUUAAACAAAACAUCACUCGUGAAGCAGUGAACACAUAGCUUUCUAAAUAUGGAAUACAGUGCAGCAGAGUGCUUGAAAAACCUUUUUGGAUUGUUCACCACUGGGCUCCACAUGUCUAUUCAUCAAGCCCAGCCAUCAUUAGACAGACAUAAGUCACCCGAAGCAAUCCAACCAGCCUUACCCAAAGCAGUGAUUGGCUUGUCUGAAGCGACCCUAAUCCCAAUAAGCCAUAGGUGAUUUACUGAGAAUUUGCCAGUCCCUGUCAGUCUUUUCCCUACAAGGCAUAUCAACCCUCAUUAAAUUCUUCUCCAGUAAGCAAAGUUUCUCGACUGCUGCUGUUUUUUGAGAGAAGGGAAUAACAUCCAGCAGGGACCACAAGAGGGCGACAUCCUGUUAAAUAAAUGAGAUCUUCAGGAGUGAGUGAGAGCGAGUAAAGGCCAUUCUGUUAGAGUGCCACAAGGGUACUCAGCGACCCCAUCUGCUUAAAUCUUGAUGGCUGCCAGCUUGUCUUUAUAUAUUCAAAACAUCUCCAAGUUGUAUUGUUGAGAAACUGAGAAAUUUGGCCAGCUAUCCAGGUCAAAAGAACUACCCUGUGGCACAUUUGUGUGUUUGGCAUGACCUGUUUUCUAUUCUGUGCUGAGUGACUGAAGAAAAAAAUAGAAUACUAAAACAGAAAGUGUUCACAAAUGGAGUUUAUGCCCCUCUGUAUUCUGUCCUUGUUAUCUACAGUAACAUCUACUAUUAACCAAACAUCUCCAAAAUCUUAUAACAAGGGUUUUUUUCUUAGAAAAAUACAAGAAAAAAAAUUAAGGUAAACUAAGAUGCCCUGUCUGAUACACAAUAGUGUGAAUAUGUGUUUUUAGCUUUGUGGCAGUGGAUUUACAAGACAAUAGAAAAAAUUCUCAAUUCAAAAGUGUUUAAUCCUCCAGCUCUCGGUGCAUGUCUGUGUAGAUUUCUUACAUAAAAGAUGAUGUUUGUGCAAGUACUUCAAAAGCUACUUAUCACAAUUUUUGCACAACUAUUUAUGAGCAUAGUGAGGUCAACAAGCUUAAUUGUAUUUGACUUUUUAACCCCUGAGCUACCAAGCCGCUUAAAUAACUACAUUAUAUUCCCCAUACUGUUUCUAU